GUCAGCUGUGUACUCUGGUUACGUAUAUUUAUUGUAGAGUGAUCGUGUAAUAAUAUAGUAGUCGUGCACGGGCGCAGUUUCAGCGAGACGUCAGCUCCCAAUACCGCCGCGAUCGUCCUCCACCCAUGUACAGUACCUCAUCGACGUAACCCAAGACCCGCUGUCUACAUCUUGUCGAUAAUAAUACUUUCCAGGUCAUGAGGGCUCGAAUCCUAGCAGAAAUUUGAACGUCAGGAUCGGAGGAAACCAUGGAGAAGUCUUCUGCUCCGCUUGAGCGGUCUCAGGAUGACUUGCUUCGCACAGCCGCCCUUUCAACGUCAGCCGGCUUCAGAACGCGACGCGAUCGUACUAUCUCCCGGAUAUUCCGUCGCGUCCUAACUGCCGUAUGCUUCGGCUUGGUGAUCUACAUCUUUCUGAGUCGCUUCAGCACCAGCCGUACUCAUACACACGCAUCUUCCCACAACGAGGAACUUCAAGCGGUCAGCGGAAAGCGUCCAAAUGGGGACCACGACACUGAAGAGGCGUUUCCGCUCUCGUCGGCCUCGUCGAAACGAGUGCCGUUGGAGGCUCACAUCAUGAGCAAAUGUCCAGAUGCCCAGGACUGUCUGCAGCAAUUGGUUGUUCCUGCAAUGGAACGGAUCAAUGACAAGGUCGACUUCAUUCUAUCAUUCAUUGCAAGUGUCUCCGAGAAGACUUCGGAAGUUGACUGCAAACAUGGACCCGCAGAAUGCAUUGGUAAUAUGCUCAUGCUCUGUGCCGCCAAUCUUCCCUUCCCUCCCAAGGACAACGCCGAAUCGUCACUUACUCUAGGACGCACGCCUACAAUCCGCUGGCUUGGGUUUUCGAACUGUCUUAUCAACUCGUAUGAAGAGAUUCCUGACCGUAAUCUUGUCGAGGAUUGCGCUCUCGAGCAUGGAAUCGAUUUCGAUGCUCUCAACCAUUGUGCAAGCCAGCAGGACGAUGAAGAUCCCAGUGACGAAUUCGGUGAUGCCCCCCUUAGCGGAAUCGCACUGCUGCGGGAAAGCGCGCAGAGAAGUGCGAAACUGGGAGUGACAACGAGCUGCACGGUACGCGUAGACAACUCAGUAUGGUGUAUACGAGAUGGCGGAGUAUGGAAGGACUGCGUGAAGGAUGGCAAAGCCAGAAAUGUCUCCGUACUGGUUGAUGAGGUGGAGAGACUCUACAAGGAAAGAAAUUAAGCCGUCGUGAGAGGAAGGUCUCUUCCGCAUGACGGAUGGACCCGUUCGCUAGUUAUGGCCCAAAGUAGUCGUCUUUGACAACAUGUGUACUAUCGGGGGAUCCUGCACGUUAUCGUUCUUUUUGGUCUAUUAUUCCAACGAACAAAAUGCCCAAUCCGUCGAGCAGACGGAUAUAACCUUGAUAUUACCUACUCGUUCGAUACCCCCGUUAUUCAGAAUAAUACCAUGCUCAAGUAUUCAUAGCAGAAAAUGCAGUACAUUAAUCUUCAUAUAGUGAACCAAAUAUACAUUCAUCACAUG